AUGCUUCGUUCCGUGGAUUGUUUGGUUGAAAACGCUAUAAUUAACAAGAUGCGCUUUGGUCCAGCGUGGCAGCAUCGCCCCGGUAAACGCAUGGAAUCGAAUUGCGGCGGCGGUGGUGACGAAUGCUUGGCUCGAGUACCAUACGCUUCGAUCAUCGCAGCAUCGAUGUGCGGGAUUGGAGUGGUGUUGUUCUCAUUGAUGAUGGCUUGGGCUUUCAAUGCAUCGACGAAAGUUGAGGAAAAAACUUGA